GGGGCCAGCGGGCGGGGCGCGCGUUCUCCCGGCCUGUGUGGAGCUCGGCGGCUGCAGACGCGGCGGCGGCGGCAAGGCAGGCGGCGGCCCCGGGAGCAGCAACAUGAGCGGGUCGCAGAAUGAUGACAGAAGGCAAUUCCUGCUGGAGCGGCUGCUGGAUGCAGUGAAGCAGGGUGACCUGUCUGUGUGCCCAGUUUGAAGCCGUCCUUCAGCAUGGCAUGAAGAGGAGCCGAGGAUUAGCACUCACGGCUGCAGCCAUCAAACAGGCAGCAGGCUUCACCAGCAAGACCGAAACAGAGCCCGUGUUCUGGGUCUACGUGAAGGAGGUCCUCAAUAAGCACGAGCUGCAGCGCUUCUACUCCCUGCACCACAUCACCUCCGAUGCUGGCCGAGGCCGGGCCUGGCUGCGCUGCGCCCUAAAUGAGCACUCCCUCGAGCGCUACCUGCACAUGCUGCUGGCUGACCGUGCCAGGCUCAGCACAUUCUAUGAAGAUUGGUCUUUUGUGAUGGAUGAAGAAAGGUCCAGCAUGCUCCCUACCAUGGCAGCUGGUCUGAACUCCAUACUCUUUGCAAUUAACAUUGACAAUAAGGAUUUGAAUGGGCAGAGCAAAUUUGCUCCCACUGUCUCUGACCUCUUAAAGGAGUCAACGCAGAAUGUGACAUCUUUGCUGAAGGAGUCCACACAGGGCAUGAGCAGCCUUCUCAGGGAGAUCACAGCAUCCUCUGCUGUCUCCAUUCUCAUCAAGCCAGAGCAGGAGACUGACCCUCUGCCUGUCAUAUCCAAGAACGUUCAUGUUGAUACCCGAUGUAAAAGGGAGCGGAGAAGGAGGAAGAAGGUGACCAACAUUGUCUCUUUUGAUGAUGAUGAGGAGGAGCAGGGUACUGGGGACACUUUAAAAAAGAUGCCUGGGACUGCAGAAAGCUCGGAGGAGAACUCUGACCGAUCCUCCGUCAACAUCAUGGCAGCCUUUGAAGGCACCUUUGGGCCAAAUUCCAACGGGAGCCAGAGCAGCAGCUCAUGGAAGAUUGAUUCUGCGUCUUUGAAUGGGGAGCUGGGCUACCAGAAGCUUGAUGUGAAGAGCAUUGAUGACGACGUGGAUGAGAACGAGGAGGAUGCGUACAGGAGCCCGCUAGGAAGGGGGCACACUGGCCACGCGGAGUCGCCAGACAGGACACUGGAUGGGAACGCCUGCCUGGCCCAGGUCCAUGGCUGGGCUCCACUGCAGGUGCUUCAUGGAGAUGCGGAUGCUGACACUGAUGUACUCUUCCCUGUCAGUGGAGUGGGCUCCUAUGGUGCAGCAGAUGCCCCUGUGGGAAGUCUGGAGAAUGGAACAGGAACAGAAAACCAUAUAAUCCCAGAGCCUGGCCUUCGGUACAGUAGGGAAGCCAGUUCUCCAGGCCAAGGAAGUCCUCUGAGCAGCUUGCUACCUUCUGCCUCAGUGCCUGAGUCCAUGACAGUCCAUGAACUGCGCCAAGCCAUCGUGGCCAUGAUGAACAGAAAGGAUGAAUUGGAAGAAGAGAAUGGGUCACUGCGGAAUCUCCUUGACGGUGAGAUGGAGCACUCAGCAGCGCUCCGGCAAGAGGUGGAUGCCCUGAGGCGGAAGGUGACAGAACAGCAGGAGCGCCAUGCCACAAAGGUCCAGGCACUGGCCAGAGAAAACGAGGUGCUCAAAGUCCAGCUGAAGAAAUAUGUAGGAGCUGUCCAGAUGCUGAAAAGAGAAGGUCAAACAGCUGAAGCUGUACCUAGUCUCUGGAACGUUGAUGCAGAAGUCACAGUCCCUGAACAGAAGCCUGGGGAAGUUGCUGAGGAACUAGCAAGCUCCUACGAGAGGAAACUCAUUGAGGUGGCUGAGAUGCAUGGGGAGCUGAUUGAGUUCAACGAGCGUCUACACAGGGCCCUGGUGGCCAAGGAAGCCCUGGUGUCCCAAAUGAGGCAGGAGCUGAUUGACCUCCGAGGACCGGUGCCUGGAGAUUUGAGCCAAACAUCUGAAGAUCAGAGUUUGUCGGAUUUUGAAAUAUCAAAUCGGGCACUGAUCAAUGUCUGGAUCCCGUCUGUGUUUCUCCGAGGCAAAGCAGCCAAUGCGUUCCAUGUGUAUCAGGUCUACAUUCGGAUAAAAGACGAUGAGUGGAAUGUGUAUCGGAGGUACACCGAGUUCCGGGCGCUGCACCACCAGCUACAGAGUGCUUUCCCGCAAGUGAGGGCCUACAGUUUCCCACCCAAAAAGGCCAUCGGAAACAAGGAUGCCAAGUUUGUGGAAGAGCGGCGAAAGCAACUCCAGAGCUACCUACGCAGCGUCAUGAACAAGGUCAUCCAGAUGGUGCCUGAGUUUGCUGCCAACCCCAAGAAGGAGACCCUGGUGCAGCUGGUGCCCUUCUUUGUGGACAUCACCCCACCUGGAGAACCGCUGAACAAGAGCAGCAGGCCCAAAGCAGUUUCCCGCUUCCCUAAGCUGUCCCGAGGCCACCCCAGGGAGGUGCGCAACGUGGAACCUCAAAGUGGUGACCUCUGACCUCGGUGGACUCUCAGCCCCCAGCCACUUUGUGCUCAACCUUGCCAUGGCAGCUGGCCCUGGACACCUUGGCAGGAUGACCAUGUCCCCACAGAGAACACACCCUUCCUGCUGCCACAUGCCACCCAAUUAAACUGGUCAGUUUUAGCUGCUGGGUCUCUGUCCUUAGAGCAAAGCAUUGCUCACUGGACAGACACAGAUGGGGACUCUGUCACUAACCCCAGGGUGGCCAAGGAUGGUUGUCACCUCCUCCAGUUCUGCCAACAGACAGUGGGUGCCAGGCUGGGCCCAGACCCCUGGCUGAGAUGCACAACACAUGGCAGAAGGAUCCUUCGGAUGCCACCUGUGACGCUUUCCCACGUGGGAACCAGAAUGACUGUUAUACUCUUGAAUUUCCUGAUGCAAAUGCCUGCUGCAGCUGGUGGAUGGGGUCUGCUUCCCUGUCCUCUUCCCCCUAGGGUGGUUAGACACCCAACGGUACUGCCACGUGCCUGGUAUGGAUGUGAUUUCUCCAUCUAGUGGCCCAGCAAAGCAAUUGGCAGUGACUUGGUUCUUGAGGAACUUAUCCUUCCCUCUUCUUGCUGGCACAGGAAGCACCCUACACACAUACACAUACAUACAUACAUACACACAGGAAACCUGAGGCUGCCCCAGCAAGGACCUCCACCCGCCAGCACAGCCCUCAGCAGCAGCCUGAAAACUCUGGCCCAAGAAUUGGUGGCUGUGACCUCAUGUCACUAGUGAUUUGGCUCUGGACAUUGCUGUGGAAGGCUGGCCCUAUAGGCUCUCAGACCCAGUGCAGAACUGAAAAGAGAAUGAUUGUCCUCUGAACGUGUUUAGCACCAACUGUCCCCUAACAUCUCAGUGGGAGCAGGAUGCUGUGUCCUCACAAGAUGUAGUUCUAUUGCUCUCGUCUCAGGGUCCCAUCCUAGAGUUCAGGGCUCACAGGUAUGGAGUGGAAUAAGAUCCAGCUGCUUUGCAGCCCUGCCUUCCUCUGCCAUCAAGCCUGGGUCUCCCCGAUUCUCAGGAUCCCCUGUCUGUGGUGGUCUGUCUCCCUAAGUCAGAACCUCCUUGCUGUCUUCAUGCAGUAUGGAGGAAUUUGCCGAAGGGACCACGUACCAAGCAGUGUGCACUUCUCUGCCAAGGAAGGAGUUCACAGUGGCACCUACCAAGGGGCAGCUACUUAGGCAGUUGUGGGAGGGAGCCUGAGCAUGAACUCGAAGGGCUGAAGCUCAAAGCUAGACCUGGGUGAGUGGUCUGGGGAAGCAGAGUUUUCCUGGCACCUUGGAAACUUGGGGGAAGUAGUCUAGAAACCAGAGAGGACUUCAGAGUGCAGGGGGGGCCUGAACAGCUCCAGUUCUGGAGGUUACCUUGGGACAGACAGGUGGGCUGUGCACAGGUGAGGCAGAGCAUUCUUGUCCUCCCUCAUGGCUAGGGGCAGGAGCUGAGGGGAGCAGAGAAACCCUCUUCAGCUUGCUGGGAAGGAGCUACCCAAGAGGCUUCUCAGACCUAGAAAGCCAACAUGGUUCCUCUCUUGUCUCCUGAGAUGCUUCAGGCUUCACACAAAGGCCACACCAGAGUGUGGGCUGGGCAUGCACUUUGCAGUUGGGCAAACUGAGGCAUGCAGAAAGGCCCUAUGGGGCUUUGGUAGCCCCAAGUUCACCUCCUGAGCUGGGGGACCCAGCAUGGGGCUGCUUCAUAUUCUAUCAUGUUCUGUACAGACAGGAUCCUGCUACACCUCCCACAGCAGAGUCCUGAGCACCAGGGCUUUGGGACACCUAGCCUAAACACGUGUCACUAAGAGUCUGAGCUCUCUCACUGCAAACAGCAUAUAUAGAACCAUCUUUCACAUUCAGCACUGGAGCACUGGCAGUUAAAGCAGGAAGGACAGAAGGGAGGGAGGGAGGGAGGGAGGGAGGGAGGAAGGAAGGAAGGAAGGAAGGAAGGAAGGAAGGAAGGAAGGAAGGAAGGAAGGAAGGAAGGAAGGAAGGAAAAGGAAGGAAGGCAGGCAGGCACCCGGACUUGGGACCUUGGUUUUCUAGGAUUAAUUAUGGGGAACUUGCCCAAUUUUGCCAUAAUGUGCUAUAAAGGCUGGGUUCCAGGGACUUUGUAAGCCCUUUGGUUGCUUGACAUCUGCCUCCUACCCAGUCUUUUUCCCCGUCUUGGGGAUUGACACUAGGGCCUUGCAAGUGCUGGACAAAAACUCUCCAGUGAGCCACACUCUAGCCCUGCCCACACUCUGCUUCCACAGAAACCCAGCAAACUCUUGGUUCCAGGUUGCCCAUCUUAUACCUCACAAGAGCAUGUUGGGACUCAGGCGGAGCGGUGCAGGGCAGGGUCAGGUGAUGGAAGGCUGUUCCCACAAUGCUCCCCAGAUCUGAGGCCUAGAGUGCAGAGGGGAGUUCAGAGCUGUGCUCGCCCGGUCUGAUACAACCUCAGGUUUACAGGAGACUGCUUCCUAAUCGUCCCCUGACUGCGGCCUUGCCAUUCUUGUGGCUGCUAAAACUCUGUUUCUAUAAGCGUUCACAUGUCCUGAGGGCAAGUCAGUGUCCUAGGCCUUGAUUACUGUGUCAUCUAUUCCUGUUCCAUCUGUCUGUGUAACCUGUAGACACAACUGGCCCCUGAGGAGUGGCUGGGCUCUGUCCUCCCAGGCCCACCAUCAGACUCCCUCACGUUGGCCGCCUACACCUGCACCUGCAUUCACCCACUCAAUGUGCUCAGCUGAGGGACUCCUGAGAGUGUUCUGCCAGCAGGACGACGCAGGAGCAGGCAGUCUCACCAUGGUGCCCAGCCGCUGCCUGCUCUGUUAUCUGGGAAGUAUACAAGAAGGAGCGGUCUCGUGCCCAUGGCAAUAACAGUCCUGAUUGCUCAACAUUCCUGUUAGAGACAUUGCUACCCACUCCAGAGGCACAGCCUGGCCUGGGAGCUGUGACCUCCUUAUGAACAAGGUCUAUUGUAACAAACAUUCUUUAAACUAUUGUGCAUUAUUUCACUAAAGAUAGUGUUAAGUGUUUGCUGUUUAGGUUGGUUUUGCUACCUUUGCACAACUGUAGCACUGUAUAUCUUAUCUAAUAUUUCUGUGCCAAAAAGUUCAGGCUCUGUUGCUGUGAUAUGUGGUCUCCAUUCUACGUCUAAAGUCAAGUCUAGGCAGUGGGUGGGGAGGGGAGAGAGGGCAGCGUCAGGGCUGGAGUGGCUGCUGUGUGGAGGCCUGGGGUUCACUUCUCACGGGGCCAUGUUCUCCUGCCCUGAAGACAUCGCUCACCACCUGUUCCAGUGCCACCUGCAGCCUGCUCAGCUCUGCCCUUACCAGGAGGCAACCACUUGACCACAGGGAGGUUUGGUUUUGUUUUUGUUUUCUUUUUCAUCAGUAGGACAGAUUGGGAGGACCCAGCAAGAAUUGGGACAUGGGACACGUGACAGUGGUUCGCACAGGGUCACUGAGCACCUGGGAAGAGGACCUGAGAGCUGGGACCUCCAGGGGAGAGAAGGCCCUGGUCUGCUAUCUCCAUCCAGCCUGGAAAGGUCUCUGAGGCUACUCCAGCCCUAUGUCUGGAGCCUGCGGGUGCAAACAUCCCAGAGAUCUGAGCAUGUGCUAUCCCGACUCCCUCUUAUGUUAAGGUUUACACGAUAGAAUUUUUAAACAAAUAUGUUUAAUUUUCUAAAAUCUCUUGUAUUAAAUUUUUCUUUUGGAAUAAGCUGUGGAUUUUGUUACAAUCUGGUCGAGAGAAGCCUUUUCAGUGAGGGGAUUAAAAUGGCAUUUUCUAAAUUA